GUAGUGUCUUAAACAGGAAGUGCAGUAAACGCGUGUCUGUUUCUCAAACAGCAAAUGGAGACAUAUUUGUUUACCGAUACCGUCACACAACGAUAACAUAAUGACCUCGAACGCAGUUGGAAGGCUGAGUUUCCGCAACAUAGCAGCACUCGCGCCGAUGGUACGUGUGGGUACCCUACCCAUGAGACUGCUGGCUCUGGACUUGGGUGCAGACAUUGUGUACAGUGAGGAGCUGAUCGAUAUUAAAAUGGCACAAUGUGAAAGGGUGGUGAAUGAGGUGUUGGAGACGGUGGAUUUCGUUGCCCCAGAUGAGAAAAUCAUGUUCAGGACCUGCGGGAAAGAAAAGGACAGAGUUGUAUUUCAAAUGGGAACCGCUAACCCAGAAAGAGCGCUGCGGGUGGCACAGCUUGUAGAGAAUGAUGUGGCCGCAAUCGAUGUGAACAUGGGCUGUCCAAAGGAAUACUCCACUAAGGGUGGGAUGGGAGCAGCUCUCCUCUCUGAUCCUGACAAAAUCGAGGCAAUUCUCACUACACUCGUCAAAGGAGUUUCUAAACCAGUGACGUGCAAAAUCAGAAUCUUACCCACACUGGAGGACACCGUAGACCUGGCCAGGAGGAUAGAGAAGACUGGUGUAGCCGCCAUCGCUGUGCACGGCAGGUUAAAGGAGGAGCGGCCGAGUCAUCCUGUUCACUGUGACUACAUCCAGGCAGUGGCUCAGGCCCUGACCAUCCCUGUCAUUGCCAAUGGAGGCUCCCUGGAUUUGGUGAAGACCUACGAUGACAUCGAGCUGUUCCGGAGCGCGGCCGGCGCCUCGUCGGUGAUGCUGGCUCGGGCCGCCAUGUGGAACCCCUCCGUGUUCCGCCGUCAGGGGCUGCUGGCUGUGGAACAGGUCAUCCAAGAUUACAUCAAAUAUGCCGUACGCUAUGAUAACCAUGCCUUCAACACCAAGUACUGCAUCUGUCAGAUGCUCAGGGACGGGGUGGAGUCUCCGGCGGGGAAGCGACUCCACUCUGCCCAGACCAACGCAGAGAUCAGUGAGAUCUUUGGGCUAAAGGAAUGCUAUGAGAAGACUCAGGCAGAACUACAGGUCAGGAGAGAGGCCGUUAAGACGAACCUCAACCCCCCUGAGCUCUCAGUUACAGUCGGGGACGUCACCAUGAUGCCUGUCAAAUUUGAAAGGAGGGAGUACCCGGCAGAGGUCAGCCCUAAGAUGUAUCUUCUGGAAUGGAGCCGUCAGCAGAAACUGGAGCAGCCAAGAUAUGACACAGCACAGCGCACUCAAGACCGGGCUUUCCAGUCCACUGUCACCAUGGCAGCAAGAAGAUACAGGUCCACGUUGUGGGAGAAGUCGAAGAAGUACGCGGAGCAGGCGGCGGCGGUGGUGUGUCUGCGAGUGCUGGGCUUGCCGGAGGGCCGCGUGGGCGAGGAGGACCAGGGCCUGGUGGGCAAGAGGAAGAGAGAGAGGAGCCCCCCCGACCAGGAUGCUGCUGAGGAGCCGGGGGGGCAGAAGAAACACCUGUCUGUUCACCUCACACCACAGGUGUCUAAAAGAGGUGCUGCCGUGGUUACUAACGGUGCACGCCUCCAGUCCGACGGGCCGUGAUGGACGCCCUGCAGCGUGUUAUUACCGUGUUGUGAGCGAUCAGAAGCUCACAGAAACAGUGUGCUCCAUCUCUGUGGAACGCUGGCUGGUGUCGGCUGUUGGAUGAGAUUGAUAGAGGUCUUUUCUGUCAGAGGUAUUCUAUAAUCUACGGAUAUAACUUGUCAUCAAAAUUACUGGAUGAGUUAUUCAGCUGUAUUUUUGUUUUCAGGCAAUGAGGGUGGGCAGAUAUGUUUUAUUCCAACGUUCCACAUUUGAUUUUUAUUUGGAUGUAAGUGACGAAUUUGAAAGUUUAGUAUAAGACUUUUGAAAUCGUAUACUGUUUAAACAAAGUGACACCUCGUUUUGUGUACUAUAUUUCCUGUUAUUGCCAUUAUUUGUGAGUAUGAGAUUUUCAACCAGAAGAGGGCAGUGAAGGGGAGAUGUGUAUAUACACAAAUGUUUAAUUUAUAACUUUUUAAUUAUGAAUUUAUCUUUAAUGAGGCCUUACAAAAGAAAGAAAACGUAUGUGUUCUUUCCAAACCUGUACAAUUUCGCAAUUGUUUGGAAACACAUAUAUCAUUGUAAGUUGCAAAGUAAAAUAACAUACUUGUGGGUUUAAUUCAUUUCGAAUAAAUUAAGUUAU